CAUAAAAGAUAAUAAACAAUAAACGCACUAUAUUGCACUAAACGCUCGCUGUCCCCGUUCGAGUACUGAGUACUUAUAAAACUUGACACCCUCUUGUUACUUACGUGUUUUCGUUUUAUUACAUUUUUCUAAUUUAUUUAGUCACACCAUUCGCACUCAGCUUACGGCGUGCGCCUUGUGCCUAUCGACUGAUUACUAUUGCGUUGAUUUGAGGCAAUGCGAUUGUUAUAGUCGUUUGAUAUAAUAUAUAACAAUCUGUAGUCACGUACCGUCAUUGUCGAAUAAUGCUGGUCGAUAGCUGAUAGUAUAGAAUAGUUUAGCGAUCGCCCCGUGCUCGCGCCGCUGAAAUCGUAAAUAAAUGGUGCUUACGAUCCACCGUAAUCAACAAUGGAGGCACCGUCAUCGAAAAGAUUUUGUUGCUCCGUUUGCGUCCACACAGUCAAGAGCAUCCCGGUGAUAUUCAUUUUGUGUAUACUCGCAUGGUCGUAUUAUGCGUACGUCUGUCAUCUGUGCCUCAGUCGGGUCACAUCUGUCGAACUGUCAGUACCAUAUCUUUUGGUGUACCACAUCAUACUAGUGUUGUUCCUAUGGUCGUACUUCAAAACGAUUUUCACAGAGCCGAGUGGCGCACCACCAAAUUUCAGACUGCCAGAUGAAGUAUUUGAAGAGUUCAAUAAAAAUCCUAUAGACUUGAGUAGGCAAAGCGCUAUUUUACGCGAUUUUGCUGAGAAUUUGCCUAUCAUGACUUUCACAAAUACCAAUGAACAUUUUUUUUCAGAUAUUCGGUUCUGUGAUAAAUGUAAAAUAGUCAAGCCAGACAGAUCACACCAUUGCAGCGUGUGUCGUAAAUGUGUGUUAAAGAUGGAUCACCAUUGUCCGUGGGUGAAUAAUUGCGUCUCAUAUUCUAACUACAAGUAUUUUAUAUUAUUUUUGGCCUAUGGUCUUUUAAUGUGCAUUUAUGUGGCAGCUACAACAGUUGAAUAUGUUAUCAAAUUCUGGGAUAUUACUACAGAUAUGAGAAUUCAAGAAGGAUCAUAUAAAAUUCAUAUAAUAUUCUUGUUUUUUAUUGCUUCAAUGUUUUCAUUAAGCUUAUUCUCAUUGCUUGCGUAUCAUAUCUACCUGGUUUCAAAAAACAGAACAACAUUAGAGUCUUUCCGUCCUCCUAAAUUUUUGGAAGGUAGUGAUAAAAAUGGAUUCAACUUGGGAUGCUGUAGAAAUAUACAAGAAGUGUUUGGUAAAGAAAUUCUUUUGUGGCCUUUUCCUAUAGACACUCGUUUGGGGGAUGGUGUAAUUUAUCCAUUGGCGAGCGACCUGAAGUCUAAUGAUAGUGUUAGGCAAUCAUCAAACAAAUCCAGGACACCAUUUACCGUUUAGAUAAUUUUUUUUUUACCAAAACACGAUUAGUACUUAUUCUAUGCACAAUAUAAAAAAAAACAUGUGCACAUAAGGCUCAAAUCAGUAUUGUGUUGUGUUCUCUCUUAUUGUUUAUUUAAUCUUAUUACAUAAAAAAUGCAAUAUUCAUAUAGAUAUAUUAUUACUUUUAAUUAUAUUGAUGUUAAUCUAUUAAGAUAUAUUAUAUUUUAAUUUGUUUAAUAAGGUGAGCAAUUUUAUAUUUUUGACAUUUUGUAUAUUUUUGGUAAUGUUUGUUUACUCUAAAUAAUUUUGAACCUGUACAAAUAACACAGUAUAAA